AUCGCUGCAUCAACCACUGCAACUGCAGCACCGACAACCACAACCACCGCACAAACAACCACAGCUGCAACAACAACUACUACAACCGCUGCACCAACCACAACCACUGUAGCACCAACAACCACCACAACUACAGCUUCAACUACAACCACAGCACCAACCACCACAACUGCAGCACCAACCACCACAGCAACAGUUCCAACUACAAUGACUGCUGGAACCACUGCCACAACAGCAACACCAACCACAAUGACUGCAGCACCAACAGCCACCACAAGCACAGUUCCAACAACCACAACAGCGGCACCGACAACCACAACCAGAGCACCAACAACCACAACAGCGGCACUGACAACUACAACCGCGCCAACAACCACAGCUGCAACAACAACUACUACAAUUGCUGCAUCAACCACUGCAACUGCAGCACCGACUACCACAACCACCGCACAAACAACCACAGCUGCACCAACCACAACCACUGCAGCACCAAUAACCACCACAACUGCAGCUUCAACCACAACCACAGCACAAACCACCACAACUGCAGCACCAACUACCACAGCAACAGUUCCAACUACAAUGACUACUGCAACAACUGCCACAACAGCAGCACCAACAACCACCACAAGCACAGUUCCAACAACCACAACGGCGGCACCGACAACCACAACCAGAGCACCAACAACCACAGCUGCAACAACAACUACUACAACCGCUGCACCAACCACAACCACUGUAGCACCAACAACCACCACAACUGCAGCUUCAACUACAACCACAGCACCAACCACCACAACUGCAGCACCAACCACCACAACUGCAGCACCAACUACCACAGCAACAGUUCCAACUACAAUGACUGCUGGAACCACUGUCACAACAGCAACACCAACCACAAUGACUGCAGCACCAACAACCACCACAAGCACAGUUCCAACAACCACAACGGCGGCACCGACAACCACAACCGCGCCAACAACCACAGCUGCAACAACAACUACUACAAUUACUGCAUCAACCACUGCAACUGCAGCACCGACAACCACAACCACCGCACAAACAACCACAGCUGCACCAACCACAACCACUGCAGCACCAAUAACCACCACAACUGCAGCUUCAACCACAACCACAGCACAAACCACCACAACUGCAGCACCAACUACCACAGCAACAGUUCCAACUACAAUUACUACUGCAACAACUGCCACAACAGCAGCACCAACAACCACCACAAGCACAGUUCCAACAACCACAACGGCGGCACCGACAACCACAACCAGAGCACCAACAACCACAGUGCCAACAACAACUACUACAAUCGCUGCAUCAACCACUGCAACUGCAGCACCGACAACCACAACCACCGCACAAACAACCACAGCUGCAACAACAACUACUACAACCGCUGCACCAACCACAACCACUGUAGCACCAACAACCACCACAACUACAGCUUCAACUACAACCACAGCACCAACCACCACAACUGCAGCACCAACCACCACAGCAACAGUUCCAACUACAAUGACUGCUGGAACCACUGCCACAACAGCAACACCAACCACAAUGACUGCAGCACCAACAGCCACCACAAGCACAGUUCCAACAACCACAACAGCGGCACCGACAACCACAACCAGAGCACCAACAACCACAACAGCGGCACUGACAACUACAACCGCGCCAACAACCACAGCUGCAACAACAACUACUACAAUUGCUGCAUCAACCACUGCAACUGCAGCACCGACUACCACAACCACCGCACAAACAACCACAGCUGCACCAACCACAACCACUGCAGCACCAAUAACCACCACAACUGCAGCUUCAACCACAACCACAGCACAAACCACCACAACUGCAGCACCAACUACCACAGCAACAGUUCCAACUACAAUGACUAUUGCAACAACUGCCACAACAGCAGCACCAACAACCACCACAAGCACAGUUCCAACAACCACAACGGCGGCACCGACAACCACAACCAGAGCACCAACAACCACAGCUGCAACAACAACUACUACAACCGCUGCACCAACCACAACCACUGUAGCACCAACAACCACCACAACUGCAGCUUCAACUACAACCACAGCACCAACCACCACAACUGCAGCACCAACCACCACAACUGCAGCACCAACUACCACAGCAACAGUUCCAACUACAAUGACUGCUGGAACCACUGUCACAACAGCAACACCAACCACAAUGACUGCAGCACCAACAACCACCACAAGCACAGUUCCAACAACCACAACGGCGGCACCGACAACCACAACCGCGCCAACAACCACAGCUGCAACAACAACUACUACAAUUACUGCAUCAACCACUGCAACUGCAGCACCGACAACCACAACCACCGCACAAACAACCACAGCUGCACCAACCACAACCACUGCAGCACCAAUAACCACCACAACUGCAGCUUCAACCACAACCACAGCACCAACAACCACAACUGCAGCACCAACUAGCACAGCAACAGUUCCAACUACAAUGACUACUGCAACAACUGCCACAACAGCAGCACCAACAACCACCACAAGCACAGUUCCAACAACCACAACGGCGGCACCGACAACCACAACCAGAGCACCAACAACCACAGCUGCAACAACAACUAAUACAAUCGCUGCAUCAACCGCUGCAACUGCAGCACCGACAACCACAACCACCGCACAAACAACCACAGCUGCAACAACAACUACUACAACCGCUGCACCAACCACAACCACUGUAGCACCAACAACCACCACAACUACAGCUUCAACUACAACCACAGCACCAACCACCACAACUGCAGCACCAACCACCACAGCAACAGUUCCAACUACAAUGACUGCUGGAACCACUGUCACAACAGCAACACCAACCACAAUGACUGCAGCACCAACAACCACCACAAGCACAGUUCCAACAACCACAACAGCGGCACCGACAACCACAACCAGAGCACCAACAACCACAACAGCGGCACUGACAACUACAACCGCGCCAACAACCACAGCUGCAACAACAACUACUAUAAUUGCUGCAUCAACCACUGCAACUGCAGCACCGACUACCACAACCACCGCACAAACAACCACAGCUGCACCAACCACAACCACUGCAGCACCAAUAACCACCACAACUGCAGCUUCAACCACAACCACAGCACAAACCACCACAACUGCAGCACCAACUACCACAGCAACAGUUCCAACUACAAUGACUACUGCAACAACUGCCACAACAGCAGCACCAACAACCACCACAAGCACAGUUCCAACAACCACAACGGCGGCACCGACAACCACAACCAGAGCACCAACAACCACAGCUGCAACAACAACUACUACAACCGCUGCACCAACCACAACCACUGUAGCACCAACAACCACCACAACUGCAGCUUCAACUACAACCACAGCACCAACCACCACAACUGCAGCACCAACCACCACAACUGCAGCACCAACUACCACAGCAACAGUUCCAACUACAAUGACUGCUGGAACCACUGUCACAACAGCAACACCAACCACAAUGACUGCAGCACCAACAACCACCACAAGCACAGUUCCAACAACCACAACGGCGGCACCGACAACCACAACCGCGCCAACAACCACAGCUGCAACAACAACUACUACAAUUACUGCAUCAACCACUGCAACUGCAGCACCGACAACCACAACCACCGCACAAACAACCACAGCUGCACCAACCACAACCACUGCAGCACCAAUAACCACCACAACUGCAGCUUCAACCACAACCACAGCACCAACAACCACAACUGCAGCACCAACCACCACAACUGCAGCACCAACUACCACAGCAACAGUUCCAACUACAAUGACUGCUGGAACCACUGUCACAACAGCAACACCAACCACAAUGACUGCAGCACCAACAACCACCACAAGCACAGUUCCAACAACCACAACGGCAGCACCGACAACCACAACCAGAGCACCAACAACCACAGUGCCAACAACAACGACUACAACCGCUGCACCAACCACAACCACUGUAGCACCAAUAACCACCACAACCACAACACCAACAACCACAACUGCAGCACCAACAACCACAACUGCAGCACCAACUACCACAGCAACAGUUCCAACUACAAUGACUACUGCAACAACUGCCACAACAACAGCACCAACAACCACCACAAGCACAGUUCCAACAACCACAACGGCGGCACCGACAACCACAACCAGAGCACCAACAACCACAGCUGCAACAACAACUACUACAAUCGCUGCAUCUACCACUGCAACUGCAGCACCGACAACCACAACCACCGCACAAACAACCACAGCUGCAACAACAACUACUACAACCGCUGCACCAACCACAACCACUGUAGCACCAACAACCACAACAACUGCAGUUUCAACUACAACCACAGCACCAACCACCACAACUGCAGCACCAACUACCACAGCAACAGUUCCAACUACAAUGACUGUAGCACCAACAACCACCACAAGCACAGUUCCAACAACCACAACAGCGGCACCGACAACCACAACCAGAGCACCAACAACCACAGCUGCAACAACAACUACUACAAUUGCUGCAUCAACCACUGCAACUGCAGCACCGACUACCACAACCACCGCACAAACAACCACAGCUGCAACAACUACUAUUACAACCGCUGCACCAACCACAACCACUGUAGCACCAACAACCACCACAAGCACAUUUCCAACAACCACAACGGCGGCACUGACAACCACAACCGCGCCAACAACCACAACUGCAGCACCAACUACCACAGCAACAGUUCCAACUUCAAUGAUUGCUGCAACAACUGCCACAACUGCAGCACCAACCACAAUGUCUGCAACACCAACAACCACCAUAAGCACAGUUCCAACAACCACAACGGCAGCACCGACAACCACAACCAGAGCACCAACAACCACAGCUGCAACAACAAGUACUACAAUCGCUGCAUCAACCACUGCAACUGCAGCACCAACUACCACAACCACCGCACAAACAACCACAGCUGCAACAACUACUACUACAACCGCUGCACCAACCACAACCACUGUAGCACCAACAACCACCACAACUGCAGCUUCAACUACAACCACAGCACCAACCACCACAACUGCAGCACCAACUACCACAGCAACAGUUCCAACUACGACUGCUGCAAACACUGCCACAACAGCAGCACCAACCACAAUGACUGUAGCACCAACAACCACCAUAAGCACAGUUCCAACAACCACAACGGCGGCACCGACAACCACAACCACCGCACAAACAACCACAGCUGCAACAACAACUACGACAACCGCUGCACCAACCACAAUGACUGCUGCACCAACAACCACCACAACUGCAGCUUCAACCACAACCACAGCACCAACCACCACAACUGCAGCACCAGCUACCACCGCAACAGUUCCAACUACAAUGAUUGCUGCCACAACAGCAGCACCAACCACAAUGUCUGCAACACCAACAACCACCACAAGCACAGUUCCAACAACCACAAUGGCAGCACCGACAACCACAACCAGAGCACCAACAACCACAGUGCCAACAACAACGACUACAACCGCUGCACCAACCACAACCACUGUAGCACCAAUAACCACCACAACCACAACACCAACAACCACAACUGCAGCACCAACAACCACAACUGCAGCACCAACUACCACAGCAACAGUUCCAACUACAAUGACUACUGCAACAACUGCCACAACAGCAGCACCAACAACCACCACAAGCAUAGUUCCAACAACCACAACGGCGGCACCGACAACCACAACCAGAGCACCAACAACCACAACUGCAGCACCAACUACCACAGCAACAGUUCCAACUACAAUGACUGCUGCAAACACUGCCACAACAGCAGCACCAACCACAAUGACUGUAGCACUAACAACCACCACAAGCACAGUUCCAACAACCACAACGGCAGCACCGACAACCACAACCAGAGCACCAACAACCACAGUGCCAACAACAACUACUACAAUCGUUGCAUCAACCACUGCAGCUGCUGUUACAACAUCAACCAGCACAACUUCAACAUCAUUGACAACUUCAACAACCCCAACUACAGCACCAACCACCACUUUUCCACCCACUCCAAGCAUUUCAACACCCUCAGUGCAAGCUUAG